UACAUCCUCCUAUUCCUCACACACCGACCCCUCUUAAUUUCUUCACUAUAACAAUAUAUAAAUAAAUCACUAUCUACACUCAAUAUUUCUCAUUCCUUUAAUUUCCCUCUAUACCUAACACAAACCGCCAUCUCUCACAAUUAUUAUUUUUUUCCUCUCAAAAUCAUUACAAUGCAACUUUUCUUCACAUCAUUUACCAAUUCUUGUUUAGAUUCCUCCUUCUUUUUCAUUUUAUUGAGCCUUUUUUUCUCUUCCUUUUUUAUUCUCAUUCCUUUCCUUCAAUGGUGGCAACACCAUAGAAACAAAGACAAAAGGUUACCCCCUGGUUCAAUGGGUUGGCCUUAUUUUGGAGAGACACUCAUGCUCUACACUCAAAACCCAAAUUCAUUCUUCUCCAAAAGGCAAAAACGAUAUGGAGAUAUAUUCAAGACACACAUACUUGGAUGUCCAUGUGUGAUGAUAUCAAACCCUGAGGCAGCUAGAACAGUGCUAGUAACUCAAGCACAUCUUUUCAAACCAACAUACCCUCCAAGUAAAGAGAAGAUGAUAGGACCAGAAGCUUUGUUCUUUCAACAAGGUGUUUAUCACUCCAUGCUAAAGAAGCUAGUUCAAGCCUCUUUUUUACCUUCCACAAUUAAGAACUCUGUCUCUCAUGUGGACCAAAUUGUACAAAAAUUGCUUCCAACUUGGACUAAUAGAACCAUCAACACCUUGCAAGAGAUGAAAAAGUAUGCUUUUGAAGUGGCUGCAAAUUCAGCCUUUGGUGAAAUAAAAGAGUUGGAAAUGGAAAAAAUAAGAGAAUUGUAUGGUUGUUUGGAGAAGGGAUACAAUUCUUAUCCUUUACAUCUUCCUGGAACUUCAUAUUGGAAAGCAAUGAAGGCAAGGAAGGUACUAAAUGAGAUUAUAAGGAAGAUAAUUGAAAGAAGGAAGGAGAGAAGGAAUUAUGGUGAAGGGUUGUUGGGAAUUCUGUUGAGAGGCAGAGGUGAUGAUGAUGAAAGGAGAUACCAACUCAGUGAUUCUCAAGUUGCUGAUAAUCUCAUUGGUGUUAUAUUUGCUGCACAUGACACUACAGCUAGUGUUCUAACAUGGAUUCUAAAGUACUUGCAUGACAAUCUCAAUCUCUUGGAAUCUCUCACUAAAGAACAACAACAAAUACAAAACAAACUAGCUAAGGAAAGUCGUGGACUUUCAUGGGAGGAUACCAGGCAGAUGCCCUUCACUAGCAGGGUAAAAUAAUCACUUAAUUUGAUGUUGUAUAUUGUUUACAAAGUUUUAUUUUAUUUUUUUUUUUUUGAAAUAGAAAAAAUAAUUUACAAGUUUAAUCCAUUAUUUAUGUGUAAGAUUUUAUUA